AGUCAAAUGCUCCGACCACUGAUUCUUGCUCUGUGCCUUGUGGUACACUUGAUUUCUGCACAAUGUGGCCCCGGUUCGAUUUACCAACAAUCCAAUUCUAGAUGUCUUACAUUAUUCCGAGCUGCCGUAAAUUUCCAAACCGCUGAAUCAAUUUGUGCAACUUUAAGUGGUCAUUUAGUAUCCAUCCAUAAUGCAAUCGACAAUGCCUUUGUGUCAAGUCAAGCUCAGAAGUAUAUGGACGGAGGAGCAUGGAUUGGAGCACAAGCAAGUGCUCCAGACGUCACAAAUCCAUUAAAUUGGUAUUGGACUGAUGGUUCCAACUUUGAUUAUCAAAACUAUAAAGUUGGGCAGCCAACUCCACCUGGAUCAACUGCCUGCAUGCAACUUGAGACUGGAACUGCCAAAUGGCAAACUGCAAAUUGUACGAAUAAAUUACCAUUUAUAUGUUCUGCCGCUGCAACUGUAGUUCCAACUUGUCCUACUAUAACAAUUCCAAGUCAUUGUCCAUCUGGUUACACUUGGUUUGAGACUACUGAUUUCUGCUACAAGACCACUGUCCAAUUCACCAACUUUAACGAUGCUCGCAGCGCUUGCCAAGCUGAUGGAGGAGAUUUGGCCUCAAUUCAUUCUAUUGCGGAGAACGCGUUCCUAGUUGGUCUCUCAAAAGCCGGAAUCACGAACAAAGAUAAGGACUGGAAUGAUGAUGUUUGGAUUGGAUUGGUCUAUCAAAACUCAAAAUGGCAAUGGACUGAUGGAUCAGUAGUCAAUUAUGUUAACUGGGGAGAUGGAGAGCCAAAUAAUAUGAAUAAGGAAUGGUGGACCGCUCUAGUCGCCGACCCACACGAGGGUAAAAACAGCGAAGGAACUCGAUGGAACAACGUGCCACAAGACGAUCAAAGAGCUUUCCUUUGUAAAAUUGCUCCACUUCACUAAAUAAUUGAUUUGAAUAAAUAAUUUCAAUU